GUCGAAAUGGACCAAGGCCUUCGCAAAUUCCCCUCGAAUCUCUCGAAGACACCACCGCGUUGUUUGGCCUGGGUGUCCCACAGGUCAAAUUAGUCGGCGGUUCUAGGUUGGGCGUGUCUUUCGCGGACUGCCCAAGCCUGGAGAAGUGAGCGAGUAUGGCCAAAGAAUGCCAUGGACCUAACGGUCUGUCAAAACCUGCUCACACAGGCUAGAUAUCGCAGGCAUCUUCCACGCGCAUUGUCUGAAAAAACAACACUGGUGGCAGGAGAGGACUCCCUUUGACCGAUAGGCUCGUCCUCUAAUCAUCUCGCGCAUGGGCGCAAGACCAUCAGACCCACUACAUCAGUUGAUAUUGGGUGCCUCGAUACGAAUGCUUCAUGGUGGCCACCUUCGGAGCAUUUGCCGACCAGAAACCGAACACCCGGAGAAAGACCGCCCGGUUGCAUCCGACGCCUUCCACUUUGCUCGGGGAAAAGCAGACUCGACUGUGCCAGACGAUUCUUGUUGCACGCUGAACGGAACGCCAAGGACCGAAGGGCCUGCCAGAGUCAACACAUUGAGAGGAGACAUGAAACUCAUAUCCUUUGGCUUCUUCCACGGUGCGCUAGGCGGAGUGAAAACAGCCAAGACUUCCUACAUGUGGUUUUACCGCCACAAGGGAGAAAGCAUCCUCUCACGUCAACAAACCAAGGACCCUGCGGUCUGUCAGAGCAUAACGCUCCAUAUCUGCUGGUAUCGUCCACACGCUCCGACCUGA